GUCGUUGAGUAGUGUUCUCGUUCUCGCUCCUCCGCCACGCAAACCUGGAGCAGGGAAACGGGCUGUGCGACCUGGGCUGGAACGUACAGAACAAAACACGGCCACAGGCAAGGCCACAGCCCUGGCUGCGAGAGCCAUGCACAACUCUGCCAUCGCAGGCGCCUGCGCCGGCCUCGUGUCAUCCAUCGUUACCUGCCCGCUCGAUGUCGUCAAGACUAAGCUGCAAGCCCAGGGUGGGCCGGAUUUUCAGCCGGGUACUGCUCUGUCACAGGGGUUCAAAGGAUCCGCAGGUGGGAUAUCCGGCGGCGUCGGUGGCGGCCUCAAUCAGCUCCUCUACCCGGCCAGCUCCGGAGCGGUCGUCGGCGCAUCUGGAGGCGCAAGCGCGACGGGCGCACAUGCGUCCCAUGCAGGGAUGGGCAUCGAGUGGUCUACUUCAAACAAGGAGCAGCGCUCGAUAUCGACGGAAGAGCAGCGACGGCUGGAGAGGCGCAGGUAUGGCCGAGGGCUGCGCGCGACGGUGCGGCAGAUCUGGGAGCAGGACGGCGUGCGCGGCUUUUACCGAGGGCUCGGCCCGACAGUCUACGGCUACCUGCCAACGUGGGCGAUCUACUUUACCGUCUACGACUCCGCCAAGAGGAACUUGGUCCACGACUCUAGAUCCGGCGCGGAGGUCAAUUUUGUCAGCCAUAUCGUGGCGGCAAUGACGGCCGGCGUUGCGAGCACAAUAUGCACCAGCCCACUUUGGGUUGUUAAGACGCGGUUCAUGCUUCAAUCGGUCCGUGAUCCAAGCACACGUCCAUAUCGACAUACAUUUGACGCUUUUGUGCAAAUCUAUCGCACAGAAGGCAUGCGAGGGUUCUACAAAGGCCUCAUACCAUCCCUCUUUGGCGUCUCACACGUAGCUGUCCAAUUUCCUCUCUACGAGACCUUCAAGAAAUGGGCGCGAGAAGCAAAUCGAGGUGGUGUAGGCGCAGAUUUGGAUCCGAGCAGCAUCCUCGUCUGCAGCGCCGCGAGCAAGAUGAUCGCUUCCAUCACGACCUACCCGCACGAAGUGCUGCGAACAAGGCUGCAGAUGCAGCCACGACUCAUCCAAGAGGAGCAGCGGUCCGCAACAAACGCGUCUACCCCCUCAUCCUCCUACGGCAGCUCCUCUCGCGGACUACAUACAUUUGUACGGCGGCGGCCAGCAUGGGGCAGUGUGGUCGCAGGUUCGAGCAGUCGGGCAAGCUGGUGGAUAAACGCGUGGAGGAGUGCGCAUUACGGACGCGCUGCCAAGAGCGCGGGCAUCGUUGAAGUUUGCACGCGGAUUGCACAGGAGGAAGGAAUCAGAGGCUUCUACAAGGGCAUGGGCGUCAACCUCAUGCGGACAUUGCCCAGUUCGGCAUUGACGAUCCUCACCUACGAAAUAAUCAUGCAGCAACUACACAAGCUAGAGGAAGGGUGACCCGAGCAUGUCUUUGUGCAUUUGCAAGUAGUGCAUGCCAAUAGCAUCUUUGACUGCAUCACAAUGAUCAUAGAGAAGACAUAUGACGGGCAGGUAAUCCACGCGCGCAUACAAGAGCGAGCUUAGUAGACGAAUGGAAUAAACCU